AUGCCCAAAUUCUACGAUUCCAUCUCCCCAGACCUCCAACAAUGGGCCCUCGCCCAACCACUCUUCUUCAUCUCCUCGGCCCCAACCUCAGGAGCGCACAUAAACCUCUCCCCUAAAGGCCUCCCCUCAACCACAUUCACAAUAUUCAGCCCGACAUCCUGCGGAUACAUCGAUGCCACGGGCUCUGGCGCUGAAACCAUCGCACACCUCUACGAAAACAGACGCGCAACCAUAAUGUUCUGUUCCUUCGGCAUCUCCCCCCGAAUCAUGCGCUUCUUCUGCACCGGCCGCGUCGUCGAAUGGGACGCGCCGGAAUUCCAACACCUUCUCGCUAAGAUGGGAAAGGCACAUGUCGACGGCGCCAGAGCGGUACUGGUGUUUGAUAUCUUCAAGGUGCAAACGAGUUGUGGAUAUGGAGUUCCGAAGAUCAGUCUACCGCUGGAGUUGAGCGGGGAUGCGAGUCCCGAGGAGGCGUUUGAGGAUCGCAAGACGCUGGGGCAUUUUGCGGAGAAGAAGUGUGCGGCGAAUGAGAUGGGGGCGUAUCAGUUGAAGAAUAACUUGAGGAGUUUGGAUAAGCUGCCGGGGUUGAGGAGUGCGAGGAGGGAUAGUGGACAGGUUAUGUUGUUGGAGGAUGGGAUGGCGUUUUUGAGGAGGGUGUGGGGUCAGAGGGAGGCGUUGGGUUUUGGUGUUUUGAUUGGGAUUGUUGUUAUGAUGUUUGUGAAUCUAGGGUUGGGUUUCUGA